AUGAAAAAAAGUCUACGGAAGCUGGCCGAUAUGGUUAUACCAUCAGUGACGGGCCUAGAUGGCAUCUUUGCCAUCAACAAGCCAAUGGGCAUGUCCUCGGCUCAGGUGAUCCGUGACUGUCAAGCCUACUUCCAGCCCUCUCGCCUAUUCGCCCCAAUGCUCGCGCGCGAAGCCGAGGAGGCUCGCCGCGACGCCGCGACGCAGGGCAAACAUAACCGCAAGUGGAAGAAGAGGAAGCAGGACCCCCGCGUCAAGAUGGGCCACGGCGGCACGCUGGAUCCGCUGGCCACGGGCGUGCUGAUCCUGGGCGUCGGCCGCGCCACCAAGUCCCUCCAGAACUUUCUCGAGUGCACCAAGACCUACGAAACCACCGUGGUUUUUGGCGCCGCCACCGACACGUACGACCGCGUCGGGCGCAUCCUGACCAAGAAGUCGUACGACGAAAUCACGAGGGAAAAGGUGGAGAAGCAACUGGAUGCGUUCAGGGGCAAGUACAAGCAGAUGCCCCCGCUGUACUCGGCGCUCAAGAUGAACGGCAAGCCGCUCUACGAGUACGCUCGCGAGGGCAAGCCAAUCCCGCGCGAGAUAGAAACCCGUGAGGUCGAGGUUCUCGGUCUGGAGCUGUUGGAGUGGUAUGAGCCGGGCACUCACAACCACAGAUGGCCGACUGAGGAGGCAGGCAUUGCCGAGAAGAGCCUCGCUGAGAGCGUGUGGAGGGUGGAGCACGAGCAGGCGACCGGCAAGAAGAUGACACCUGAGCAGGGCGCGGAGGAGGACCGGGCAUUUGCCGCUCACCAGUCGUUCAAGGAGCAGGCCGAGGAGCGGCAGGACAAGCUCGUCUUUGAGCGGGGUCAGAAGCGCAAGGCCGAAGAGAGCAAUGGCAGGCCGAACAAGAAGCAGCAGCAGGGGAAGCAAGGUCGAGAGCAGCUCAUGUCAGGAGCGCUAGGGGAGCUGCCACCGGGAGGCCCGUCUAAGGGACGCGGGUCAGAUUUGGUGCCGCCAGCUCCUAGCGCGGACACGCCACCGCCAUGGGACGGCAAGGGGCCGCCAGCUUGCAAGAUCAGGAUGACGGUCACAUCUGGAUUCUACGUGAGGAGUUUUGCACAUGAGCUGGGCGAGAAGGUGGGGUCGGCCGCAUUGAUGGCUGAGCUGGUCCGUAACAGACAAGGCGACUUUGCGCUGGCCGGAGACAACUGCCUCGAAUACGACGACCUUGUCAAGGGCGAGAGCGUGUGGGGUCCAAAGUUGGAAAAGGUUCUCCACCAGUGGUCGUCGACACACUUACAAGGGGUGGGACCUCUGAAGAGCAUCUACACCGAAGAAGAAGCAAAGGCUACCGCUGUCGAGCAGAAUCAGUCGGGUACCGCUUCAGAUGAGAAGCCAGCUGCAGCUCCUGCCGAAGAAUCCAAGGCCAAGCAGUCAGUUGCCGAAGGGCAAGAGACAAAGCCAACGGACACCAAGGGUGAGACCACCGACGGCUAUGAAGAGUGGAAUGGUUUUUCUGAUUAA